CUGAAAAUGUCCGUAAUUUUCACUUCCGUUUUAUGGUUGUCAUAUGUAUAAUCCAUGGCUGAAAAUGACGAUAAUUACAUUAGUCAUGUGAGUAUCCAAGACUCAUUGGCAUUGAGCCAACUUGUUAUCCUUCACUAAUUAAACAUCUUCCUCUGAUUCUGAAGCCUUAAGAAAUCAUAUGAUUACUUUCGCACACAACUCCACAGAGAUUGGAGGGUAGCCACUCCAUCUUCCUAUUGCCUCACUCACCCAUGACCUGUAACCAUGCCACCGUCCUUCUGCUCGCUUUGCCAUCGUCAUGUUCCAUUGUUUUCCCAAAACGCCCUUUCACAUUUCAUAGUCCCAAGAAAACCCUUUUGGCGGUGAAGCUGAAAAAGACGAACUCUGGAAUAAAAGCUUCAAAGGGUGAAUCAGUAAAUUGGUCGCAAUGGCUGCCCGCAGGGUCUCUUGCCGCUGAUAAAGUUUUCAGAUUGAUUUCGGGUGCCACCGCAAGUCCCAUUGGCCAGUUUGUGUCAUCCCCCACCACCUUUCUUCACUCUAUCGACCCUCGAGUUAAAUUGGUAUGGCUUUUAGCUCUGGUUGUUUUACCAGCAAGGUCACAUAUAAUUAUGCGAUUUGGACUAGUGAUAUACUUGACCAUGCUUUCCAUUUGGGUUUUACCAAAAAAUACUUGGAAGGAUCAAUUGGGAAGAGUUUAUUUCUUAUCAGGAUUGUUAUUCAUUACAUUAGGGCUGGGAUCAGAUGGUGUGCCUGCCCCUGUUCAGAUGAGAACUCCACCACCUGCAAUGAUGGGGCUUCCUAGUCUUCCUGUAUCUUUAGCAGGUUAUUCAUAUGUAAUCGCAAAGUUAGGACCACUAAGCUUUACCAGGAAAGGCUUAUCUGUAGCAAGCACCGUUGCAUGUUUGACUUUUACUGUAUUUCAAAGUGCAAGUCUUUGCCUCACAACUACAACCCCAGAACAACUGGCGUUUGCACUACGAUGGUUUAUGCUCCCUCUGAGAUACUUAGGUGUUUCUGUGUCAGAAAUUGUGCUUACACUUUUACUGUCAUUGAGGUUUAUCACUCUUGUUUUUGAUGAGGUUCGUAACAUAGCUUUGGGGAUUGUAUCUCGUAGGGUAAAUUGGAAACAGCUGACUGUUAUGGAGACAAUUGAUAUUUUCUUUAACUACUUCCGGCGUAUCUUCAAAAAUAUUUUCAGCCAUGCCGAGCAAAUUUCUCAGGCUAUGAUAGUCAGAGGUUUUAAAGGGGAUGGCGGUGCUCAUAAAAUUUACUUCUUGUCAGAAUCAUCUUUUGGGAUGGCAGAUAUUGCAUGCUUGAUGUGCUUGUCAGUUGUCAUAGGAGCCGCUAUCCUGUCGGAGUACUACCUUGUCUAAUAAGACAUGCCACUCAUGCAUCUGAUCGGUUGAAGAUAUGAAGGGGAGGAUAUGAUGCAGCAGAAAAGAUCUAACGAUGAACUGAGGAAAAUUUGGAUGGUUUCUGAUGUUAUCUUUUAUCAGAUAUUGUGUGGAUUGGACUUCUGAUGACAUUCUUUCUUACCUGUUUCAAAGAUUUUUAUAGG